UUUUGUUCCUGAGAGAAACAGUUGUGACGUCGUUCAUACAGUGUGGGUGAAAACAUACUCUGUCUAGAACCCUUCACACCGACUAUGCCAGUUGACAAGAUCCGCUGAUACAACAGCCAGCGUAUCAUCGUUUGUGGCAACCUUUGGCAAUAUUGGGCAAUAUUUGGCAGUCUGUUACAGCUGAGGGCAAGUAUGGCCGACACAAACAAAUGCUGGUGGCCGAGAUGGUGCGUGCACCCGACUAACAUGUAUAUCUACAGUAGCCAUUUCCUGUCUUCAUGGGGAGAUCAUAUGUGGAUAUUCGGGUCUGGUCUGCUCCUGGUGGAGAUCCUGCCCGAGUCCCUUCAACUGACGGCCAUCUACGGCCUGAGCGUGGGCAUAGCGGUGCUACUACUAGGGGCGCUGAUCGGAGACUGGGUGGACAGGACAGGGAGACUUCGAGCCGUCCAGACAGCGCUGAUCCUUCAGAAGACGUUCAUUGUCCUGUCUGUGGCGACUGUUUGUGCCUAUCUGUGGUACAGAGACUCAACGGACGAACCAAUGGUGGGCUGGAAGCAGAAUCUCUGUUACGGAGUUAUCAUCCUGUUCGCGGUGCUGGGUAAUCUGGCCCAGGUUGCACGUGUGAUUACCAUAGAGAGAGACUGGGUUGUGGAGAUCUGUGGUGGGGACAGCGACAUGUUGGCCAGUAUGACUGCAACAUUGAGAAGGAUCGAUCUAGGAACUAUGGUCUUGGCUCCGAUCGUCACGGGUCAGAUUAUGACUCAGUUCGGACUGAAGGUCUCGGGUGUGUUCAUCGGGGUGUGGAAUGCUGUCUCCGUCUUCUUCGGCUACUAUCUCAUGUGGAAGGUGUACCAGACUGUGCCGUCUCUCAGGAAGGACAAGAAACUCUGGAAAGGAAAAGGCCUCGGUUCCACAACUAUCCAUGAAGACAGCCAUAUAAGGUUGGCCGACGUCACAGCCUACCCUCAACUGAACUGUAAAGAUCCUCUGGUGUCAGAAAACUCAAAGGCGUUGGAUGACCCAGCCACGCCACCACUUGCUGAAGCGGAGAUUGACGUUAAUGAUGGAGACUCCAGCUGCUUAAGCCGCUUCUUCUACAGCUUCAUAGUGAUGUACAGAGGGAUGCGGACCUACAAGAGAUACGACGUCUUCCGGGCCGGCUUGGCGCUGGGGUUCCUCUAUUUGACUGUUCUAGGCUUUGACGGGGUCACAGUAGGUUACAUAUACACACAGGGCGUGUCCGAGUCCACCCUGGGGCUACUGAUGGGCGGGGCAGCCCUUAAUGGCGUCUUCGGUACCAUGGCCUACCCAGUGAUCAGACGUCGAAUUGGCAUCGUUAGAACUGGACUCGUUGCCCUAGGAGCUCAGUGGAUCUUCUUAACACUGUGUGUACUUUCUAUCAUGCUGCCCGGUAGUCCCUUUGACCCUUACUACUGGUCAAGGUCCCCAGAUGACCUUACCAAGAUCGACAACUGCACCUACGUCAACACUUCCGUUCCGCUGGGGGCGGGGUUGUUCAACGUCACCGGUGAUGGACAGGAGGGUGUCUGUCAAGGGAAGGAAUCGGCGCCAAUGUCAAUCAUCUCCAUCUGUGUGUUUAUGACUGGUAUCAUUGGAAACAGAUUUGGGGUGUGGAUGGCGGACUUAACAAUUACCCAGCUGUUUCUUGAAACCGUGGCAGAAUCCGAAAGGGGCGUGGUUAACGGAGUACAGUCGUCAAUCAACAUGCUUAUGGACAUGUUGAAAUUUGCCCUGGUGGUCGCUUUGCCCCGUCCACCGCUCUUCGGUUUUCUGGCGAUCAUAUCGUUCUGUUCCGUCACCACAGCCGAUGUACUGUAUGCAUCUUAUUCAAGAAGAACCAGAGGCCAUCUUUUCCAUUUUACUGAUUGUGGAAGGCCAGAAAAGAAGACUAGAGCUCAACAGAAUAACACAAAAUCAGCAUUUGCCUAGAAAAAUCUAAAACAUCUGAUGUUUACCUGUAGUUCGUAUGGUAUCAUAUAAACACAUAUGACUUGCUUUCAUCGAAACAAAUAAAAGACUUCAGUAUGCUUAGUGGACGUAAUAACUUUAUUGAAUCCUGUGAAUUAAAUUGAACGUUUAUAUAACUGUCAAAACAAAAUCACAGGUUUUCAUGAAAGAAAGCCAUUUGUGUUUUAAUAUCCAUUAGAUACCACAUGUGAGUAUAACGAUUGGAUCUAGUUUGAAAUAUACUGUAUAUAAGUCAAUCGUGAAAAGUCCAAGAUGGCUGGCAAAUGUUUAUAUACUGAAAGCCAUUAAAAACGCAAUUGGUA